AUGAGGGAAAUAGUUCACAUUCAAGUCGGCAGGUGCGGAAACCAAAUCGGCUCGAAGUUCUGGGAGGUAAUAUCAGACGAACAUGGUAUUGAUAACGAAGGAUGUUACAAAGGCGACUCUGAUCUGCAACUAGAAAGAAUCAACGUUUACUACAACGAGGGAGCCGCUUACAAAUAUGUGCCUCGUGCAGUUCUAGUCGACUUAGAACCCGGUACUAUGGAUUCCAUACGAGGUGGACCUUUCGGCUCGAUUUUCCGACCGGAUAAUAUUGUGUAUGGGAUGACCGGUGCAGGCAAUAAUUGGGCUAAAGGACACUACACAGAGGGCGCAGAUUUGCUCGAACCGGUUCUCGACGUUGUCAGAAAAGAAGCCGAAGGUUGCGACUGUCUGCAAGGCUUCCAACUAGUACAUUCGAUAGGAGGAGGCACUGGUUCUGGAUUAGGGACAUUGCUGCUAUCCAAUUUGAGGGAGGAAUACCCAGAUAGAAUCGUACUGACGUUUUCGGUAGUGCCGAGUCCGAAAGUUUCAGAUACGGUAGUAGAGCCUUACAAUGCGACGCUGUCUCUGAACCAACUUAUAGAAAACACAGACGAAACUUUCUGUAUUGACAAUGAGGCAUUAUAUGACAUUUGUUUCCGAACGUUGAGGUUGCCGAUGCCGACGUACGGCGAUUUGAACCAUUUGGUGUCGAUGAUGAUGUCCGGCGUGACGACAUGUCUACGCUUUCCGGGGCAGCUGAACGCGGACUUGAGGAAGCUGGCGGUGAACAUGGUGCCGUUCCCGCGUUUGCACUUUUUCAUGCCGGGAUUCGCGCCGCUGACGUCACGAGGCAGUCAGCAGUACAGGGCGCUCACAGUGCCCGAGCUAACGCAGCAGAUGUUUGACGCGAAGAACAUGAUGGCGGCGUGUGAUCCACGCCACGGCCGCUACCUCACCGUCGCCGCCGUCUUCCGCGGUCGCAUGUCAAUGAAGGAGGUCGACGAACAGAUGUUAAACAUUCAAAAGAAGAACAAAGACUACUUCGUGGGAUGGAUACCUCACAACGUAAAAACAGCCGUAUGCGACAUUCCUCCAAGAGGACUUAAAAUGUCUGCCACGUUUAUUGGUAACACAACCGCUAUUCAGGAGCUUUUCAAACGCAUCUCGGAACAGUUUGUGUCGAUGUUCAGAAGGAAGGCUUUCCUUCACUGGUACACUGGUGAAGGGAUGGAUGAAAAUGAUUUUGCUGAAGCCGACAACAACAUGAGUGACCUCAUAUCAGAAUACCAACAGUAUCAAGAUGCAACGAUAGCUGAUCAAGAGUUUGAGGAAGAGGAGACCACGCCCAAUGAAGACAGUGAUGAGUAG